CACAAUGGGAGCCAAUCUGGAAGAAAAUAGCAGCAGAUCCACUCCAACGAUCAAAUGCCACAAGUUGAUCUUCAAUAACAUCAAGGUGUUUGUGCUGUGUCACGGAUUGCUGCAGUUAGCUCAACUCUUAUACAGUGCUUACUUCAAAAGCAGCAUCACAACCAUAGAGAAACAGUUUGGCUUCUCAAGCUUCUCUUCAGGAUUUAUAUCCAGUCUACAUGAGAUUGGGAAUGCAACCCUGAUAGUUUUUGUCAGUUAUUUUGGAAGCCGUGUCCACCGACCCCGACUGAUUGGAAUUGGUGGAUUGCUACUUAGUUUGGGGGCUUUGCUGCUCACCUUGGCUCACUUCAUUUCUGAACCCUACCAGUACUCCAAGAUCAGAGCAGGAAAUUCAAGCUCUCUCAACCUCGACGUCUGCCAUCCAUUUAACUUGACAGAUGGAUCUGAUUUCUGUAGCACAUCUGAACCAAAAUAUGGCAUGAGAAGCGUUUGGGUGAUCAUGAUUGUUGGGCAGUUGCUGGCAGGGAUAGGGACAGUCCCUAUUCAGCCUUUUGGUAUUUCAUUUGUGGAUGACUUUGCUGAGCCAUCAAAUUCCCCACUCUAUAUAGCGAUCUUGUUUUCCAUUUCUGUCUUUGGUCCUGCAUUCGGAUAUUUACUGGGAUCUGUGAUGUUGCGCUUGUUUGUGGAUCUGAAUAGAGUGAGCACAGCUACUUUGAAAUUGAAGCCUCAUGAUCCUCGUUGGAUAGGAGCAUGGUGGCUGGGACUGCUGGUAUCGAGUGGUCUUCUCAUGAUUACCUCUCUUCCUUAUUUCUUCUUCCCAAGACAAAUCACCACUCAAAAGAAGUCGGGAAGUGAAGCUGAUAUGCUGAGUCAAAUGGAAGAGGAAAAGAUAGAAGAAAUAACGGUAACAGAUUUCAUUAAAAGAUUCCCCAAAAUGCUUGUAAAGCUGCUGUUGAAUCCAUUCUUCUUCCUUGUUGUAUUGGCACAAUGCACUUUUUCGUCUGUGCUUGGUGGCCUUUCAACCUUCCUGAAUAAGUUCCUGGAACAACAAUAUGGCUCAACUACUUCCUAUGCCAAUUUUCUGAUUGGUUCUAUCAACCUGCCAGCUGCUGCUAUUGGGAUGCUGUUAGGUGGGAUCAUUAUGAAACGUUUCAAUUUUUCCUUGGCCAAGAUACCUAUGUUCACUGCCUGUGUUCUGAUAACUUCAUUCAUGCUCUCUAUCGCCUUGUUUUUCAUGGGUUGCUCUACACGGAAGAUUGCUGGAAUCAACUACAAUUACAUGAACAGUACAUCUACAUCAGAUCUCAAGGCUCCGUGUAAUGCUCAUUGUUCCUGCUUUAACUACACUUACAAUCCAGUGUGUGGUUCUGAUGGUAUAGAGUACAUCUCACCGUGCCACGCUGGCUGUAGUGAAUCUGUCUUCAAUUCUUCCACAAGAAGAAUAUCGACUUACAACAAUUGCAGUUGCAUUCAGACACCUGGAGGUGAGAACAAUGUUUUGCCCGGGAACUGUGCUAUCAGCUGUUCUCAUCUGCUCCUCCCAGUGAUGUUCCUUAUCGCUUUCAUAGGACUGGUCGCUUCACUCUCCCACAAUCCUCUUUACAUGAUGGUGUUGAGAGUUGUCAGACAAGAAGAAAAAUCAUUUGCUAUAGGGAUCCAGUUCCUGUUAAUGAGAUUAAUUGCAUGGUUGCCAGCCCCUGCUUUAUUUGGCAUGGUUAUUGAUUCAACUUGCAUUAGAUGGAGUACGAUCUGCAGUGGAAAGAGAGGAGCCUGCCAUUACUAUGAUACAAAUCUGUUGAGGAACCGGUUCUUUGGUCUACAAAUGAUCUAUAAAGGGAUUGGUAUUUUACUAAUAUUGUUCAUUGGUUGGAAAGUGAAGACCACCAGGACACAUGUAAUUAAUGAGAAGACUUCAAGACCAGUAUAAAACUGCUGGGAAAUGUUUUCAGAAUAACUGAGAAGGACCAAUCGUGCUUUAUUGGCCAUUAUUUGUAAAAAAAUGUAUAUUUACAGAUUAACUACAUAAGUAACAUUCAGUGGUGUCUCAAUUGCUGGAUUUGUACACACACUGUUGGCUAACUCAUCAAGAAUCCAAAUGGUUAAACUUCGGUGCACCCAGGGCGGGAGCUGGAGAAAUACGAUGAACUUAUUAUAGAGCGAAAGGACAAUAUCAAUUUCUUGAAAUGUAAUGGUGUAGAUGUGAGAAAUGUUAGUUUUGAUAGGUAGAAAAAGCAUAGAAGUGUAAACUUAAGUGACUGUAUUUGCACGCAAAUGCAAGGUUAAAACAAAAUCUUUUAGCAUUGGCUGGAGGAUCAUUUUUAUUUGGAGGAUAAUUUCUGUAAUUGGAAGUAAAUAAAAAGGAUUUAUUUGGUUUAGCUAACGUGAAAUUAUGUAAGCGGCUCACAGACGCGUGCUUACAAGUCGCCUACCAUGCCUUUUUUUUGUAAAUGUAUUGGGGUUAGUUAAUUACACAAGUUGCUGAUGGUUUACACCACAAAUUCCAUUACAUUAUUUUUAAUGGCCGCCUCCACCAGCUGUAUUGUUAUUACUUUAUAGAUGAAAUGGAGAUUAGCAGAAAGGAAUUCAUAUGCAUUGAGGCUGUUAUCAUCAUGGAAACUACAGCUAGACAAUAAAAACAUCGACAACACACACUUUCCAUCAUAUAUCACUCAUCUGAAUUUUCUUAAAUUUCCGUCUGCUGUAUUUCUCUGUCACAUUACUGGUUACAAGAUCACAAGUUUGAUUUGGAUGAAGUCCCUUCGGCUCAUCCGAUUUCAACCCCUCCCCCCCAAUCACUCAUCAAGCUGCUUUUUAAAUGAAAUAAAAAUGGGUGUAUUGGUUUGUUCAAACUGUUAAAGUCUUGUGUAAUCCAGUACUUGAUAGUCGGGGAUUACAGCUGUAUUGUGUGAAAAGGCAUGAGAGAGUGGUUUGAGAAUACCUCUAAAAAAGCACCGGCAAGAAUUACAGAAUUACAGCUUAUGAUAUUAAUUCCUGCAUACUAGCAGAUACGAAUGUUGUUUGAAUAUUUGCAGUUAGACUCAAGAGAACACAGUGGAAUUAAUCAUUGCGAUAAAGAAACAUAUUGUUCCAUUUUGACCCUCACUUGAGCUGAUGUGGACUAUAGAGUAGGCAGCCUGAAACAAGGGGAUUUAAAUACCAGACAAACAAUAACAGUGCAAUUUCCUAUACGUAGAGUGACGUCUAGUGAAUGGAAUAAGACAGCAUUUCUCAGAUGCAGCCACCCACAUGAUUUUGUGCAGCCACAUCCCCUAUUGUAACAGGACAUUGUCAAAGUGAUCUACAAUUUUCUGUUCUUUAGAGCAUUGACCCACUAUCCCCCAUUACUGCUGAUUUGUGCUGAUGCUGUGUUCAAGGUGAAGGAUUUCUCAACAACACAUUUUUUGAACUGUAAAUGUGACUUUGCGUAGCUCUUUCUAUGAGACUGCUUCUGUCUGCAGUGGAGAAAAAUGAGUCAUGAUAAAAUAAAUUGUGAUUGUUGGACACUGUGUUUCAACUUUUAUUUAAAAUUAUUUCACAGUUUGUAAAAUAUGUAGUAUUUUGUGGCCAAUGUGUUAAACAUAACAUUCUGUUGAAUUGUAUCAGACAGCUAAUGAUCUGUCUGCAGUACUUCAAGUAACAAGACGAUAAAACAAUGAACAAUGUAGUCGGAAGAGAUUACAAUUCCCAAAGUAACAGGACAUUGUCAAAAGUGAUCUAGCGAACAUAUUAAAGUAAUCCCACCUCAUAUAUUUGAGAAUCAAUGCAAUUAAUCCGGAAUGUCAAUUGUGGCUUUCAAAAUAAGCUUUGUGUAAUCAUUGCAAAAUGAAAUGUUUAUCAAUUGCUGAUGUUUAACAUUUGUAUUUAGAAAAAUAAAAUUACGGAGCCAUGUUGCAUUUCUUAAUUCAUGUAUUUUUGAAUACGUAAAAUAAAUGAGUUUUGGAUAGUU